CAGUUCUAGCUGCCUACCUACCAUCUGAACGGUGUUCUUAGAUCUUGAUUUCUGAAAGGGAUCGGUUUUCCUCAGGUGCCAUGAAGGCACUGGCAGCUUUAAUAUUGCUUGUUCAGCUUCCAAUUCACCAAGCCGUUCCAGCAGCUCCCCCUGCUCCCUUGGGCUGCGAUGACCCAGAAUCUGAAGCAGCAGCUGAAUUUGCUGUGAAUUAUAUUAAUGGCCACAGUCACCACGGAUACAAGUUUGCCUUAAACAGAAUUGACAAUAUCCGCGUGCUAUCCCAGGGGCUGAAUAAUGACAUAAUAUUUCUUGAACUCGACUUAUUAGAGACCACGUGCCACAUCCUCAGCCCUACGCCUCUUGCAAAUUGCACAGUAAGGAGCUUCACACAACACGCAGUUGAGGGUGACUGUGAUGUCAAAUUGCAGAAGCGGGAUGGAAAGCUAUCUGUACUCGCUAGUAAAUGCCACUCACACGCAGACUCCAGUGAAGAUGUUCUCCAGCUCUGCCCUGACUGCCCACUGCUGGCAAGCCUGAACAACACCGACGUAUUAACUACGGUUACAGCUGCACUCAAUGACCACAACAGCAAAACCGCCGAUGCCUACCUCAGACUCCUUGAGAUCGGGAGAGCCAGAAUACAGUAUCACCCAGUGCACAGUGUCUCCGUUGAGUUUGCUGUGGCUGCCACGAACUGCUCGGCAGAAGAAGCCAAGAAUAAUGUGGAGGCCUGUCAGCUGCUGCCCGACGACCAGUCUAAUUUUGGUUUCUGCACAGCAACAAGGGUAACACGCCCCUCAGAGGACCUCAGGGUGGACUGCCAGCUCUACGGACACCAGCCUGGAGUCACCUCCUCUCAACCAGGUCAAGAUACAUCAGCAGGUCUGGUGCCCAGUGCUGCACAAGGCUUCACAAACCAUAAUCUCAGGCUCUCUCACAAUAACCCUGUUGCAUCUGAAUCCAGCUCUUCAGAAUUUCCUACUUCCGUGCUCUCAGCAAAAUCUGUAGCAAAGAGGGCAGUUGCAGAAGUUGCUCAGCACGACAAAGUACCUCGCCCAGUUGGCUUUGUGCCGCCUCCUCCUCCUCCGUGCCCGGGGAAGGUUCGCCAUUUCAAGAUCUAGGCUGCGUUAGAGACAGGGCAGUACAGCUUACCGAAGGAUCAGCGUGCAGCAGCAUCAACACGCAGACCACAACACCAAGUGCAAAUAGGUGAGAACGCUUGUCUCUGAGUCCAAAUGAGCUUUACCUUCCAGAGAGCAGAGCUGUGGCCAGGAUCUUGCAAGGGCCUGCUUCAAAACAUAGCUGAUUACAACAUAUAGCAGUUGUUUUCUCUACAUACACAGAUGCCCAAGUUAAAAUAUAGAAAAUAAUGUUUCAAUGAAACUGUUGUAACAGCUGUACAACGUUGUAGCUUUGUGAUAGAAACACCAUUCGAAAGGUUACUUCAAUAAAACGUUCAACAGAAA